GGAGGCGGGACGUAGACUAACCCGACUGUGGCCGGAGACCUGGCGCUUCAGCUGGGGCAACGAGAACCUCACAGCCUGGCGGCGGAGUCGGCAUCGCAAACCAGGGAAGAGCACUGUUCAGCUCUGGCUUAUGGUAGUGCUGGGGAUUGAACCUGGAACCUUGAAGCCUCAGGGUUAUCGCUGGGGUUCCAUGCCAGCACUACACAUCCACUACUCCUGUCGACCAUUUUUUCCAUUUUCUUGGAUAAGAUAGAAAUUGAGAUAGGAGGGAGAGGUGCAAAGCGAGAGACAGAGACCCCGUGUGAGGGUUCAAACCCAGAUCCUUGCACAGGUCCCUGCACUUAGUGCUAUGUGUGCCUAAUUGGGUGUGCCACCGUCUGGCCCCCAAAAUUAAUUUUUUUAAAAGAGAUUUCCAAGUUAAAGAUGAAAAGAAAAUACUGGAAUUGUUUGGAUGCUCACUGACAAGAUGAGGAAUACUGUUUUUCACAGUUACUUGUAAUGGAUCCUUAGAAAAAUUCAUCACUUGUCAUGCACCCAACUGCGAACAUGGAUAUUGGUUUUUCUCGCUCUGCUGUUCAGACACUGUCACGAAGCCACUGCAAAAACAUCAAACAGAAGAUUUCUCAAUGGGAAGGGCGAACUAAUGGUAUAUCUAAUCCAGAUAAAUGGCAUCCCAAGGAUUUUGGAGUAAGAUAUAAUUGUCAUCAAGAAACUCUUAAGAAUUCUGUGACUGAGGAAAAGAAUAAAAAGCUAGAUGUAAUUAGCUCUCAAAAUGCUGAUCCAGAUAGGAAUGAAGAUGCCAAAAGCCAAGAUCAAAGUGAGGGUGAAAGUGAGAAACAUCAAUGCGAUAAUACACAUCCCUUUAAAAAUGACUCUGAAUUUAAUUGGGUAUGUUCUCGGGUCAGACAAAUUGAAAGCAGGAAAGACAUUGUUUUGGAUACAGAAACUUCAUUACCUCCUGGAAACUUCUAUACCUCACAAAUACUGUGGAAGAAAAUAGAAGCACUUCCCCCUGAUAAAAUCUUAAAUUUGGCUUUAGAAAAUUGUGACUCUUCAGAUAAAGAACUGAAUUGCAGCGUUCUGGAUAGUUCAUAUGGAAUAACCAAGAGCUUAGAAAAUAUUUACUCUGAACCCGAGGGGCAAGAAUGUGGACUUUCUAUAAAUCCUUUACCAAAACCCCGUAGGACGUUUAGAUAUUUAUCUGAAUCUGGUGUUAUGCCAUAUAAAGAAAGAAACUGUGACAAAAAAUACUGUGAAAAUAAUUCUUGUGCAGAGUCUUCUUUGAACUCUUCUCAGGAGCCUGAACCAAAGAAAUACAGUGGAAAAAUCAGAGGGAGAUCUAAAAGGAAAUCCUUUGAGUUUGAGGAUCUUCAGCACUUUCGAAGUCGGAACUCACAGAAGAUUCACGAAGAACUUGGAAGAAAUUCUGGUUCGGCACUUUAUUACACACAGUCUGAGGACAAUAUCUAUGAGGAUAUCGUAUAUCCCACCAAAGAAAAUCCAUAUGAAGAUAUUCCAAUGCAGCCUUUACCCAUCUGGAGAGCCCCUUCAGCAUGGAAACUGCCACCCCCUAAAAGUACUUUCAAAACUCCCAAGCUUCCUCCCAAAGCUCUAUUCCUUCACCGGAAGACAAUGGAACUAAAGAACUCACAAGCUUACUUAAGAUCAAAGCGUACAAAGGAUACCACAUUGCCCGUCACUUUAACGGAAUGGAAGCUUUUCCGAGCUGGGGAAGUUGAAAACAAAAAAAGAAAAAAUCUUCCAAGGUUUGUAUUAAAAAUAGAUGACAUAUUUGAAUCUAAGAGAGGGAAGAAGAGAGUCAAGUUACACCCUUACACCGGAAAAGAUGUAACUCCCUCAAAAGGUGAAACCAGUGGGAAUGAAAGCGAUGCUGAGUAUCUGCCAAAGAAUCGACACAAGCGCUUGGCACAGCUGCAGCAGUCUUCCAAGAGAAAUCCUCACUAUCAGACCUUAGAGCGGGAUCUCAUUGAACUGCAGGAGCAGCAGCUAUUUGAACUCUUUGUGGUGGUAUCUCUACAGAAGAAAUCAUCAGAAAUAAACUACACUCCCCAGGUUAUACAGCAAUUCCCUGGCAAGGGUGAUCAUGGUUUUAAGCAAUCCAAAGACACCGAAGAAAGACUCAAAGUUAUCCCCAGAUUUUGCUUUCCCGAUUCAAAGGACUGGAUGCCAACCUCAGAACUCAAGAGUGAAACAUUCUCCUUUGUCUUGACGGGUGAAGAUGGGAGUCGAUGGUUUGGUUACUGUAAGAAGCUCUUGCCAGAAGGCAAAGGGAAACGACUCCCUGAAGUUUACUGCAUGGUUAGUCGUCUAGGCUGCUUCAACCUUUUUUCAAAGAUUCUGGAUGAAGUAGAGAAGAGAAGAGAAAUGGCUCCAGCCCUGGUUUACCCAUUUAUGCGUAGUGUCAUGGAAGCUCCUUUCCCUGCUCCUGGACGAACCAUCACAGUUAAGAGCUAUCUUCCUGGAGCUGGAGAUGGAUCCAUUGAACUCUGCAGGCCACUGGAUUCCCGAUUGGAGCAUGUUGACUUUGAAUGUCUUUUUAAGUGCCUAAGCGUGUGUCACCUCAUCCGGGUUUGUGCCUCUCUCCUUUUGGAGCGGAGGGUAAUCUUUGUUGCCAACAGCCUAAGCACCCUGUCUAAAUGUGGCCAUGCUGUCGUCGCUACGCUGUACCCAUUCACAUGGCAGCAUACCUACAUCCCAGUCCUGCCUGCCUCUAUGAUCGACAUUGUCUGCUCACCGACUCCAUUUCUAAUUGGAAUCCUGUCUUGCUCUUUACCACAGCUCCAGGAUUUACCCAUUGAAGAGGUGCUGAUAGUUGAUCUCUGUGCAGACAAGUUCUUACAGGAGGUAUCUGAUGAAGAUGAAAUUCUACCACCAAAACUCCAAACUGCUCUGAUACAGAUUUUGGAAGAACGAAAUGAAAUUUUGGCUCAGGAGCAGAAUUUUUCACAAGAUGUGACACUCAGCUCUCUGGUAUCCGAAGCAUUUGUUCGGUUUUUUGUAGAGUUGGUAGGUCAUUAUUCUUUAAACAUGACUGUCACUGAGCGUGGGGAGCGUGUAUUCCAAAGGGAACCAUUCCGUAAAUCUCACACUUCCCGAAGUGUGCGCCACUUUCUGGAUCUCUUCAUGGAAACUCAGAUGUUUGCAGGAUUCAUCCAAGACCGAGAACUUAGGAAAAGUGGAGUAAAAGGUUUGUUUGAGGUUCGGGCCCUCCAGUAUUUGGAAACGAUUCCUGAAUCUGAGCCCAGUGGGGUGAACAGAAUUUUACGAAGCCUUGGAAAUAAAAUGAAAUUUCUGCAGAAGAAAUGAAAUUUUUGCUUGACCGUCUCCAUCCUAAAUAGAGCUAAAAGUGCCAAAGGAAAUAUUUUUCAAGAGUCAGAAUACCCUGAAGUAUUCUACAAAAUAUUUGAAAGUUGGAAAGGAUACAGAGCAGGUCUUCAUAGAGAUUCUCCUGUUGCCACUGUAGUCAUCACUGGCCAAUUACUGGACGUAGUCUGGAACCAAUGCUUUCAUCUCACCCUCCAGUUCAUUUUAAGUGGCCUUUUUCGUUUGAGUGUUAGACUCAUUCUUUGUGCUUAGCCUGUGAGGGUACUUGUCUUUUUUUUAUAAUGGAGAGACUUGGUAUUGCAUUUUAAAAACACCUCCAAGAUCAAUGUUUUAAGCGACUGGGGAGGUGUGGUAGAAGUAAAGAACACUAGCCCCACACACAUAAUUCUCAUCACUUACAUGCCAUGGCAGCUUUAAACCCAUGAGCAGUUUGAUCUAAGCUAAGGACAAAGGGUAAUAUCUAAUAUUGUGUCUAGAGGAAUCUCACUUAAUAUGGGAGCUCUAUUAGCAGUUUACUGCUUUAUAAAAAGUUUGCUAUUCCUUCUCCUGCUGCCACAUUGAACAGAUUGCGCCUUAUGUCAACAUUAAAAUUUGUGUAAUCAGCUGAAAAAUGACCUUUUAAGGGCAUGAGAAAACUACCUUUUUUUUUUCAGUGCCAGUGUGCCAUUUACUAAGAUAUACAUGCCAUCCUAUUCAUCCCUUAAUCAUGAAAUUAAUAUUUAAAUCCCCAUUUUAGUAAUAAAGAAACUGGAGUUCAGGAGGUUAAAUAAUUUGCCAAAAGUUGAAUAGCAGAGUCAGAACUGAAGCCAGGACUGUUAUUUUAUGAACACAGAAAGUUGGUUAGCUCUGCAUAGGAAAAUUUAAGCUCUGUGGGACUGUAGCUUUGAAAUAGUUUCUUUUAAACGGAACUUUACCAGAGCCAUCUCUCAGCUCUAAGGAUAAGGGAUUUCAAAUUAAAAGAGCUUCUUCUAGAUUCCCCUAGAAUUGUUACAAUAGACUUUUUUCUCUGACUAAAGUAAACUCAAAAUUUCUUAGGCACAUUCCACUAAAUCCCCUUGAUCCUUAUAUGGAAAGAAAUAGUAUUGAUCACUAAUAAAAUAAAUAAAAAGUAGUGUUGAAAUAUUUUGUCAGUGAUGGUGCAGUUUACAUUAAUGUUUUACAGCAAAUGUCAGUUUUCUUCAACCUCUGCUGGCAUAAAAAUAUUCAAACAAAACACCUGACAAGUUGUAUUAUGAUUCAGUUUAUUAACUUAAUAACAGUAAUGUUAUUACAACGAAUUCAGGUGUGUAAGAAUAAAUCUCAAGGGAGUCGGGCGGUAGCACCGCGGGUUAAGCGCACGUGGCACAAAGUGCAAGGACUGGCCUAAGGAUCCCAGUUUGAGCCCCCGGCUCCCCACCUGCAGAGUGAGUCGCUUCACAGGCGGUGAAGCAGGUCUUUCUCUCCCCCUCUCUGUCUUCCCCUCAUCUCUCCCAUUUCUUUCUGUUCUAUCUAACAACGAUGACAUCAAUAACAACAUUAAUAACUACUACAACAAUGAAAAAACAGCAAGGGCAACAAAAGGGAAAAUAAAUAAAUUUUAAAAAAUACAAAAAAAAUAAUAAAUCUGAAGUAGACAUUUUAAGAACAUUGCUGUUUAAUGUUCCUAUACAUGUGGGUCAGGAAGUAGAACUGAACCUAUAUCCUUAAAAAAAUUUCUUUUGUAUUAAGUAGUUUACCACAACUGGGCUCUUAAGGCAUCUCCCCAUUUGGGCUCUUCUGAUGCUCUAGAGGGAACAAUUAGUAACAGGAAAUUGAAUGUUUAUAAAGUAGGAGGGGAGAAAUGUGAUAGAUUCUGCCAAUCCCUCUGUGAGACCUUUUGCUUAAGAGAUGGGGGUUUUAUCUUCUUCCUGCAAUCUGAAGCUGCUUCCUUUUCUUAGGUUUUUAUUUUUUGUACAGUAUUAUAAAUUCUGAACAUGUUAAAGAACUGCUCAAGAUUUGUAUAAAAUAUUGUUUACGGAUCUUUUAAUAAACAACAAUUACAUAAUCUUUUGUAGAAUUUUAAAUAAAAUUGUAUAAGCAAAUGGGGAAAUAGCUCAACUGGUGGACUUGCAUGCUUGAGGCUCCAGAUCCCGCCCUCAGAAGGGACAUGUGAUGUUCUAGCUUCCCUCUGACUCAUAUGACUAAAAUAAAUCACACAGAAAAUGGAACCUACACAGCUCUGGAGUUGACAGUGGAAGACCACAGCGCCUGCAUGCAUGAGUUUGAUUCCCCCAUUGCAUAUACCAGAGAGUGAUGCUGUAGUUUCCUCUGUCUCGUUAAUAAAACUUUAAAGGAAAUUG